AUGCUUUUGUACACUGCAUUUGAUGUCUACUUUCCGAUGACCGCGAUUGAACUGAAUAUGCCAUUCAAUGAGAAAUCGCAAAGCAUAUUCUCGAAAAUUCCCCUUGGACAAUUUCAGGUGUUGUCGACAACAGAAAAUACCCCUGCCAUGGAUUACACCUAUAGCAUGGAGGCAAAUGAUCUCUUGCGGAUAAAUGAAACCAGUGGAGAAGUUUUCCUGCGUGAUGACUACAAAGCACCCAAAGAAUCUUGUCAAUUUGAAAUAAAAGCAAAUAAGAUACGUAAUAAUUAUUUAUAUAAGCCAACGACAAAUACCCUGUCCCAAAUGUCCAUUGAACUGCAUCCGAUGACGGAGGAGGCGUAUUGUGAGGAUUUGGAAAAUAUAUGUUUUUGGUCAGCGGCAAAUUAUAUUAUUAUGGAGGAUUUACCGAAUAGUUCGAGUGGUGGGAAUUCCAAUUUCAAACCAAUUUUAGUGGGUUCUCUUAAUCCCCGGGGUGCCAAGUAUCUGUGUCCCUACUUGGAUUUAAAAUAUCAGCUAUUGAAUGCCUCAAAUUUAUUUCAAUUGAGGAAUAAUCUGCUAAUAACCCGUCAACCCUUGGAUUUUGAAUCGUUGGAUGUGGCUCAGCAAACAAAUCUUUCGGUGGACAUCAAUUGUUUGGUGAAGAUCAGCAGCAAUCGUACGGAACAAUUUCGUAAAUUGAUAAACGUCCAGGUCAUCGAUCGUAAUGAUAAUGGCCCGGUGUUGCUGAAUACUUCGAAGGUAUUUAAUUUCAUUAUGGACAGUGCAUAUUUUAAUGCGAAUGAAAAUAUCGGUGAGAAAAUCUUAUUCAUGGACAAGGAUUCGGUGGCAACAAAUGUCUAUCAGACCUAUAAAAUUAUAAACGAUACCUUGGAUAUUGUGCGGCCUGUAUGUAAUGUCUAUGAGGGGGAAUAUCCGAGAAAAAGGAAUACCAUGAUUAGUUGUCAAAUACGAUUUGCCCGAAAUGGUGUGGCCAAUCAACCAUCCUAUUGUUUUGCCCUACAGGCCAGUGAUGAGACAAUUGAGACGAGCACCAAAAAUACUGCCACAGCGAAUAUAUGCAUAAAAACCGAUCCCGAACUAAUACUCGAGGCCAAUCAUCCACAGGCUUUGCCUUUGCGUACCCGACAAAAUCGUAAAAUGAAUGUUGUCAAUACGGAUGAUAGUGAUCUCCUGAAUUCGGAUAGUAGUUUUAGUCGUACCCUAACACGCAGCAUACCCAACUCCUAUCCCAAAGAUGUUUAUGUUUAUCGUAUGGCCCAGCCGAUGUAUAGGGUAACACAACCAGCAGAUUUUCGUAAUCUUAUACGUUUGCCCCAACUGAAAUUCACGCUAAUCGAGGAUCGCAGCCAGGCAUUUGGUAUAACUUCGGCGGCGGGUAUUAUUUAUGUUAAGGAUAUUGUGGCACUGAAAUAUGCACCGGAAACUAUCUAUUUUCUCAAUGUAACCUGGCACGACAUCUAUCAACGAUCGUUUGUCAUCAAUGUCCAUCUGAUGGAGGGUCGACCGAAUAAUGUAACCUGCGAACAUAAAGUGAAAUCGAAGAGUCAGACCUGUGCCCAAAUUAAAUACCGCAAACAAUGUCAAUCGUUUUGUGGUCUGGGCACAAAUGGUGGCAGUUGCAUCUGGCGUGGUACAAAUAGUGCAAGAUUUAGUUCGAAUUAUGCUUCAUGUGUCCCGAAUGCCACAUUUUGUCCAGAUAAUAUAUGUGACCCGCUGGAAGAGAUUAACACAUUUGUGUGUCCACAAGAUUGUACGGGUGGUAAUAAAAUCUUGAGCCCUCUCUCGGUGAGUGACAAGCGUAAGGGUAUAUCUUCAGCAUCCGGGACCUGUACAUGUGAUGAUAAUGGUAAUUGUGCUUGUACCCCUCUUGAUGAAGAUGAACCCAAACCGAAAAAGAGGAAACAACAAAAAAUGGAAGUUAAGACUGAGGUCCCAACAACAAUGGAUGACAAUGUACCCACCACUUAUGCCACCGCGAAAGAAGAAAAUAACAGAUCUCCUGCAGCCACGGCGGAAGCUGAAAGUCUUAUAAAUGUCAAGGGGUUUGAGUGUAAUCAAACCUGCAUUAUUAUAGCCAUAGUGUGUCCCACCACCCUGCUUAUCUUAACCACAUGUUUGUUGAUAUCCCAAUUGGGCAGGAGGAAAAAAUCAAGAGAUAUGUCCUCGCUGGGCAAUCGCGGUGAUGUACAAAAGACCCCACUAGAUCCAUGCCAAGAAUCACAGUGUAGAAAUAGUGGUGAUGGUCUGCCAUUGGUACAAUUGGAAAAUAGUUACACCUUCCACAGUUCUGUGGUCGAUUCCAAAUGGGAAUUUCCUCGGGAAAAUUUGUUACUCGAUUCGAUACUGGGUGAAGGAGAAUUUGGUAAGGUAAUGAAAGCCUAUGCCACAGACAUUGGCAAUUGCAAAGGUGUUACAACUGUGGCCGUGAAAAUGCUUAAAAAAGGUGCCAACUCGGUAGAAUAUAUGGCCUUGUUAUCCGAAUUCCAAUUGCUGCAAGAAGUUUCUCAUCCAAAUGUCAUCAAACUAUUGGGUGCCUGCACUAAGGGUGACACUCCCUUGAUUAUAAUUGAAUAUUGCAAAUUUGGUGCAUUGCGUAGUUAUUUGCGUCUGUGUCGUAAAUUGGAAUAUAGUGGUGCGGAAUUUACCGAUGGCAUGGAACCAAUGACGGUACGCAGCAUUCUAUCAUUUGCAUGGCAAAUAUGUAAGGGAAUGGCUUAUUUGACGGAUAUUAAGGUGGUGCAUCGAGAUCUGGCCGCCCGCAAUGUCCUCUUGGCCGAGGGUCAUAUUUGUAAAAUUUCUGAUUUCGGUUUGACUCGUGAUGUCUAUGAAGAUGAUGCCUAUUUGAAGCGAUCCAGGGAACGUGUGCCAGUUAAGUGGAUGGCUCCAGAAUCUUUGGCGGAUAAUGUUUACACAUCCAAAUCGGAUGUCUGGGCAUUUGGUGUUUUGUGCUGGGAACUUAUAACAUUGGGUGCAUCUCCAUAUCCAGGGAUACCAGUACAAAACCUCUAUCAUUUACUCAAGAGUGGUUAUCGCAUGGAAAAGCCUGAAAAUUGUUCCGAUGAAAUCUAUUCCUUGGUACAAUCCUGCUGGAUGGAUGAUCCGAAUGCCCGACCUCCUUUCAAAUAUUUAGCAGCUGAAUUUGAAAAAUUAAUGGGCACCACCACCAAAUCAUUUUCGAAUCCAACCUAUUGUCAAGAAGAGGAAAUCCAAAGUCCAACAACAUCUCACACCCCUUCGGAUGAUGUCUUCAAUGAAGAAAAUCCCCCGAAUAUGGAGGAAGGCGAAGAAUCAAAGCUAUUGGAACAUUUGUGGAAACCACCAAAAGUCCUAUACGAUAUACAAGAUUGUUCUAGUCGUGAUACAUUUUCAUUUUCGAGUAGUUUUCUACCACCGCCGGGAUAUGAUAUGCCACGCCCAUUACAUGAAUCGCGUACCAUUGAUUCUCGUUAUGAAAAUGAUUUAAGAUUCCCCAUGGCAACAUUACGUAAAUCAUCACUUGGAACACCAUCAAGAGAGGUGUACACCUUACCGGUUAAACGAGGACGUUCAUAUAUGGAUGUAACCGCCAAAGCAAAUAUGGCCGAGAAUUGUGACAAAAUUGAACUGUCCAAAACAAUUUCAUUUAAAUUUUCUAGUAUACUUAAUAUGAAUGAACAAAAUGAGAGUAAUGCCUAA